CCAAUGAUACUGGGCACAGGUCAUAUUCAAACCCAUUUUCUAAUGGUUCAGUAAAUGCUGGACCUCGUCAUCAUAACACAAAUCGUUCUCUAAUGCCACCUCCUGAAGACUCCGGUGAUCUUAAAAAAACUAUCGAUCCAACUUCUCAAAUCAGUGUAGAUUCGGACUAUUUGACGGAUGAAAAUUUCACAGCUAAUAUGUUACAAUUCAGUGCAACCAAUGCUACUAGUGAAAUGCCUGGAACUCCGAACAAUAUUGUCAGAAUCGCUUCCAGAGAACAUGUGGAUACAGAUGAGACAGACAGACCCUAUGUAAAUUUAGCAAAUCAUGCUGAUGCAUUGGAAGGUGCUGUUGGAGAUAGCAUGAUGCAAACAAUGGCACAAUCUAUUGAUGAAGAACCAACUGAUGCCAUUCCACCUAAGGUACCACCGCGCGAAGCAAUAAACGAUGAAAAUAUUCAAGACUUGAUACGUAAUGCCAUUAAACAACAAAAUCUUCUUCCCACCUGUACCGACUCCAACCAGUAUAUAAACAGUAUGAAUAUCGAAAUGACUAUUGCUAUUCUCUUAAAAGAUAUCAAUUCAGAGGCAGCCAGGGCAAGCUUGGGAUUGCCAUAUAGCACGUAUAUGUCGUUGAUUUUGGGCUUAGAGAUACAAAGCGUAUCACAAAGUGAUUGGAGAGGACUAGCAUCAGAACUGGAAUUUUCCUUUCGUGACGUUGGAAUAAUAGAAAGUGCUGUUCAGACCUAUAACUUAUCACCCGCUCAGAUUGUUUUAUUGCAUUGGUAUCGAACACAGUCACCAUAUCCUUUCACUUGUUCAGUGCUUAAAAAGAUAUUGUUAAAGGCAAUACAAAGACUUGAUUUAGCAGAUUUGUUACCAGAAGAAGAUGCUGAUGAUGAAAGCAGUCUCAGCAGUGAGAAGAACAUGGAUAAAAAUUGAUAGAUCAGCAAAAAAUAUUGCUUGAAGUUUAAAUUCUCAAUAAGCACUGAUUUCUGUUAUAAAAGUUGAUACAAUGCAGGCUCACAAUCAUUCAUUAAAUCAUGAACAAUUUUUUUUUUUUGUAUAUAAAACUGUUGACAGUUAUGAAUUGGUUAUUAAAUGAUGUAAUUCUGUUAUUUUCAUUUAUUAUGUCCAUAUACUUAUCUAUUUUUAUUCUUUAAUUUCUACUGAUGGCCAUUGAAAAUAGUUAUUGUAUAUUAUACUUACCAAGUACAGAGAAAGUUAUUAAAUUCACUGACAAAGGUUCUACACAUUUAUAAAACAUCAAUACACAUUAUUUUGUUUUGUUAAUACCUACCUAUAUUGCAUUAAUUAACUAGUACAUUGUUGUUUCUUGUUUGUUGUCACUUAUGGUUGGCCAUCCAUCAGAGGAAGAGAUAUGCUAAUGGUAUUGUUGGAGUGAAAUUAACUACCUAAAUUUGAAGAUUACUCACAAUCACAAUAUAAUCUGUCUUCUGUAAAAAUUCAAAACUUCUGUUUUUCCAAUUGAUUUAACUGUCUGUUUAUCAAUAGUGCUUCCAAUUAGGCUCUAUUAUUUUUAAUUAGGGCUUCAGGUUAUCACAAUCUCAAACCAGGUUUUGACGGUUUUCGUUUCCUAGUAUAACUUAAAAAAAUAAUGUGAAAGCAUUAGUACCUUCAAUUCAUGGUACAUCUCGCUUUGUUACAUAAUAAUAUCAAUAAUGAUUACAUUUUUGAUUAUAUUUUACUACUCAAAUUGUGUUUGAAAUGUUCAGAAUGAACACAUAAAUACCCAGCAACUCUGCUGCAUCAAUUGAUUGUUAUUAGUCCAUUUCUGCGUCAAAGCAUCUUAUUCCUGUUUAAACCAAUCAAGUUGCAGAGUCUCAACACCGGCUGAAUUUAAAAUUUUUUUAUUCAAAGCAAUUGCUCUCCAUUUAUAACAAUGCACAUUGGUAAUUGGUGCAGAACAGUGCCUUUAUAUCUUCAAAUUUACUAUCCCGAGUGAACCCCGGGACGAACACCCAACUUAUCAUAUGCUGUGUAUUGAAAGCAGGUCGUAGUUGCAUCACAGCUUUCAUGCUUUAUUUCACUUACCGUAUGUGAAUUGUUCAUGACACUUUAUGCAUUGGAAUAUCGGAUGUUUUGUUGCAAGUUUUUUUUUUGUAAACUGGAUUAUGAACAUUCCUUCCACAUUUUUUAUUUCUGAUCAGUCUAGUUUUGAAAAUAUUGCAUUUUUAUUGUAUAUAAUGUUUUUCCAUCAUAUUAUAUUGCCUUUUUCUUUUACUUAUUUUUACCAUAUUGAUUUAUUCUAUCUGGUAUUUUAUAUUUUUUUUUCUGAAAGAAUGAAUCAAAAAUUUAUGCUUUAUAUACUUUCCCUUUACAACAUCUUAAAUUUUUUUGGUUUUUGUUCGACAUGGAUCUAGUCUGUGACAUGGUACAGAUCAUACCUUAACUAGAGGUUUUUGUGCAGUAACAAUAAAUGGUAGAAAUUU